GUAAGCUAAUGUGACAUUGCACAUAUGAGACAAAUGACGUCAGUACAUAAUAACUGGUUAUGAUCUAUUACUGAACUGAUACCGAAUUGUUACCAAGAAUAAAUUUUGACACCCCUAGUGCCUGUACACACAUACCCCUUCAUUAGAUCAUCAUGAAUAAAUUUUAAUGCACAGCUAAUUAAGCUUGCCUUUGUUUUUUGACAGAACGCCACUGAUCCAGUGCAGAAGUCUGUGAGGCUCUAGUUCUGGAGCAGCGGGAUGGAGAUGGAGCGUUACCUGGGGGAAAGCACCAGUUCUCCAGCCAACGCCACCAACACCAGCUCAGAAGCAGCGUCUCAGGUGGAGGCGCUGACGGAGCGACUGGCCAUCGUGGCUCUGCUGUCACUGCUGACCUUGCUGACAGCCGUGGUGAACGGAGCUGUCAUCGCCGCCAUUUGCACCACGCGGAAGCUCCACCUGCCCGCAAACUACCUCAUUUGCUCACUGGCGGUGACAGAUUUUCUAGUGUCGGUGCUGGUCAUGCCCAUCAGCAUCCUGUACAUCACCACAGAGGAGUGGCUGCUGGGGACGUACGUGUGCGAGGCCUGGCUGAGCGUCGAUGUGACCUGCUGCACCUGCUCCAUCCUGCACCUGUGUGUAAUCGCACUGGAUCGAUACUGGGCCAUCACUAAAGCCAUCGAGUACGCCCGCAAGAGGACGGCCCGCCGCGCCGGAGUCAUGGUGGCCAUCGUCUGGGUGAUCUCCAUCUUCAUCUCCAUCCCGCCUCUGUUCUGGAGGCAGCGCGGGGACGCAAAUGGCCCGCAGCAAUGCAUCAUCGAGCACGACCACGUGGGCUACACCAUCUUCUCCACGUUUGGUGCGUUCUACAUCCCCAUGACUCUGAUCCUCAUUCUGUACUCGCGCAUAUACAGCGCUGCCAAGACUCUGUACCAGAAACGUGGCUCAUCGCGACACCUCAGCAGCCGCAGCACCGACAGCCAGACCUCAUUCAAUCACUGCCGCGUCAAGCAUGCCUUCUGUGUCUCCGACGUCUCGACUUCUGACCACACCAUGGAGUUCGAGAGAAACAACGUCACUAUUGUGCGAAUGCCAACGUUUGAUACGGAGACGCCGGAGCUGGAUGAGAGAAACCAGAUCUGCACGUCUCGGGAGAGGAAAGCGGCUCGCAUCCUGGGUCUCAUCCUGGGGGCCUUCAUCCUGUGCUGGCUGCCUUUCUUCCUGAAGGAGCUGCUGGUGGGCCUGAAGGUGCUCAUGACCCCCUCGCCUCAGGUGUCAGACGCCCUCACCUGGCUGGGCUACAUCAACUCUCUGGUGAACCCGCUGCUCUACACCAGCUUCAACGAGGACUUCAAGCAGGCCUUCAAGAGAUUGAUCAGGCGGAAGGAGCACACAUAGACUCACAUCCCUUCACAGACAAAUACUGCGGAGCGUUCAGGACUUUUUUAACUGGAUUCAAUAAGCUGCAGUACACAAAACGACAACAGAUGAUGUUCUUCGGGAAGAGCUGAUUACAUUGGUGCAUGGGUGACAUUUGACUCUUGAGUUGAAGGGGGGGUCUGCACAACAAUAUAGCAAAACAACAUCCUACUUUUUGCCUAGUUCACAUAUACAGGAUUUAGCCUGAUUUCCAAGUGAACAAGCUCUCCAAAAGAGCUGUGGUCUGGGAAAAAUCAGAGGGUGAUUUGUGUGCUGCAGUAUUUAACUGUGAACUACUAAGCAUCACGAAAAACAACAUCUAGCAGGUCAAAUAUCUGGACCGGUCAGCUUACCUGACAUCGAUUACAUCAGGUGUAGAGAUGGACUGCCUCCAAUAAGAGAACAAGGGAUGGGUUGACCAUUGCGCUCAUGCACUCAACAGAAAUGUCUUUGAUUGGUUAGAACAGGGGUCACCAAACUUGUUCCUGGAGGGCCGGUGUCCUGCAGAUUUUAGCUCCAACCCUAAUCAAACACACCUGAACAAGCUAAUCAAUGU